CUAGCUCAUUAAUUCAGAUAUCAUAAUCAUUGUUCAGGGUUUUGGCUCAUCUUUUUGCUUUAAGUUAUGGCUUUAUUAUUACUUCCUCAUCAUCUUGCUGCUGCUGCUGUCUUCAAUAUUUUCUUUCUUUCAUGUCUUCUCUUAUCAUUCAACUUAUCCUUUGCUUAUGCUUCUUCUUCUUUCUAUCAAGAAAACCCAUACAUAUACCCCUUCAUCAAAGAAGCUAGCGAGUUCGAAUCAUCAACAACAACAAUAUCAACACCGUUAUUUGGAGAAGAUUCAUCAUCAUCAUCAAACGGUGGAAAACAAUCGUAUGAUUAUAUAAUAGUAGGGGGUGGAACAGCAGGUUGUCCAUUGGCAGCCACACUUUCGCAACACUUUAAAGUAUUACUGUUAGAAAGAGGAGGAGUUCCCUUUGAUAACUUUAAUGUGAGCUUCAUGGAGAAUUUUCAUAUAUCUUUGGCUGAUGCAUCUCCAAGCUCGGCUUCUCAACAAUUUAUUUCGACUGACCGUGUUAUCAAUGCACGGGCUAGAAUCUUAGGUGGUGGCACUGCUAUUAACGCUGGUUUCUACUCCAGGGCUAGUUCCAGCUCUGUGAAGAAGGCAGGCUGGGAUCCAAAUCUAGUUAAAGAGUCCUACAUUUGGGUAGAAAACCAAAUAGUGCAUGCCCCAAAAUAUGCACCAUGGCAAGCAGCCGUAAAGGAUGCUCUCCUUGAAGUGGGAGUCUCACCUUUCAACGGUUUCACUUACGAUCACAAAUAUGGAACCAAAAUUAGUGGUUCCAUUUUUGACCAAUAUGGCCGCCGUCAUAGCGCUGCUGAGCUCCUGUCUUCCGCCGACCCUGACAACCUCGAUAUUGUCAUCCAUGCAACUGUUCACAAGAUCAAAUUUGACACUCAGGGACAUAGAGCAAAGGCAGUAGGAGUAAUGUUCAAGGAUGAAAAUGGGAAACAACAUGAAGCAAUCCUAUCAAAAAGUGAAGGAAGUGAGAUAAUCUUAUCAAGUGGGGCAAUUGGGAGCCCACAAUUGCUUCUUCUAAGUGGAAUAGGACCAAAGGAAGAUCUUAUAAACAAGAAUAUUCCAGUAAUUGUAGACAGCCAAUAUGUGGGAAAAGAAAUGCAAGAUAAUCCUCUGAAUACCAUAUUUGUUCCUUUCAAGAAACAUCUCCCUCAAUCUUUACUUCAAACCGUGGGAAUUACUAAGUUUGAUGUUUACAUCGAAGCUAGCAAUGGGUUUGGUCAGUCCACCAAUAGCAUCAAGCGACACCAUUCUCUUCUCUCUGCCGAGAUUGGACAACUUUCAACAAUCCCUCCAGGAGAAAGAACAGAAGAAGCAAUCCAAGCAUACAGAGAACUAAAACCAGAUCUACCCUUUGAAGCUUUCAAAGGCGGAUUCGUCCUAGGAAAGCUAGCAAAACCAAUUUCCACAGGCCAUCUAAAACUCAACACAACCAACAUAAAUGACAAUCCAACAGUUACCUUCAAUUACUUCCAACACCCACAAGAUUUACAAAAAUGUGUUCAAUCCAUACAACUCAUAGAGAAGAUAGUCAAGUCAAAACAUCUUGCACAAUACAUUAAUUCAGACAGUCUUACAAUGGAGAAAUUACUGAAUAUGAGUGUGCAAGCUAAUGUUAAUCUUAUUCCUAAACACAUUAAUGAUGUUACGUCCUUACAACAGUUUUGUAAAGACACUGUGAUUACUAUGUGGCAUUACCAUGGAGGUUGUCAUGUUGGAAAGGUUGUGGGACCCGAUUAUCGAGUUCUUGGAGUUGAUGGGGUUCGAGUUGUUGAUGGGUCUACUUUUGAUGAAUCCCCUGGAACUAAUCCUCAAGCUACUGUUAUGAUGAUGGGAAGGUAUAUGGGAGUCAAGAUUGUGAUGGAAAGACUUGGUGAAGGGGCUAAUGUAUAAUUAUGGUUGGUUUAGAAAGACACUUCUAUAUAAUUAGUGUUAUACUGUAGAGUACAUGUAUUAUUUUAGCUCUAUAUAUACCUUGAGUGAAAGAUCACUUUGUUGUUUUUUUUCAACAUUUAUCAAGUAUAAUAAAAUCCUUUUACUUCUU